UGCAGCAGUUAUCAAAAUGGCUACCUGUCAAACGUGCAAUUAAAUAGUGAGCGUGUGAGGGAUGUUUUUAUUUUUAUUAAACUGUUUUAAAGCAAUCAGCCAUACUGCGUAAUUAACAAAAGUAGUGCAGUGUUUAAAAGACUUAGAAAUUAGUGAUAUAAGGUUUUGGUCUGUCGUAUAUCUAAUGUUUUUAAAAUGAGUAAAGCGAAUCCGCUGGCUGGUUUAAUAGGAAAUUAUGGAGAUUCUGACGAUGAAUCUGAUGAUGGUUCUAAUGCUUCGCCUAUGGCACCUGGAACUAACAGUAGGCAUGUUCUUACGGCGCCUUUGCCGGGACAAAAAUACACAAAUCCUACGGCAGCUGCAAAUGCAUCUGCCGCCGUGCAUCCUGCGCCUAUACCUCAUUGCCCUUGGUCGGCCUGUUAUGAUGAGAGCAGUGGGUUUACAUACUACUGGAACCAGCAUACCAAUGCCGUGACCUGGGAAGCUCCACCUGAGUACCUGCUAGCUCUCAAGCUAGCACAACAGCAGCUACAUCAGACAGGUUCUGGGGAAGUAUCCGCUGAAGAAUGGCAGUUAUAUCAACAAGCAUUAGCAGAGAAACAAAACUCGCAGAACAAAGUCAUCGCUAGAACUAUUCCUAAGUUACCUAAGAAGAUUGAGAAGAUUACUCCUCCCAGCAAAGAGAAAAAUACAAGGUUUGGGAGGAAAAGAACAAAAAGCGAUGAUGAUGAAGUAGAAAAAAUUGAACUAAUAACAUCAUACCACAACUCCGAUUCAGAUUCAAAUGAUGAAGCUGAAAGCCCUGUAAAGGCUGUACCUCCCCCUCUUCCAAAAACUCCUGCUAAGCCUAUUAUCCCCACUAAGAAGCCAAAAGUAAAAACUCAAGAAUAUGGACCGUCUCUACCACCAAGCCAAAACUAUACCGUGCCUAUAGGCCCUGAACUACCUCCAGAGAUGAAUAAUAAACCUAAAUCACCUGAGAAUAAGGUUGAAAAUGAAGUGGCUAAAGAAGUAUCCAAGCCAAAUGAUGAAGACAGUCAAGACGAAGGCGAGUUAUUUUUAAAACUUAAGAGUAAAGCUAAGAUUCUAGAAAAACUUGGAGGUGAGCUACCGAAAGAGUUACAGAAGAUGAUUGAUGAAGAUCCGAGAUCUGGCAGCAACACACCGAGUAGAGUGGAAACCCCAAAGAUACUAAAUACCAACAUUGAUGAUAUAUUAGAAGAAAUCGAAAAGAAAGAACUACCUAAAAUAAUUAAUGCCAAAAAAGCUGAUAUUUUCGAAGAAAAAUCUAAGGAAGCUGUAGUAGCAAGAAAUCCAUCACCAGAAGGAAACACCACUCCUCCAGUUGAAGUAAAACCUCUCUUCCCAAGUGUGAAAAACAUUGAAGAGGCCCCUCCAUUACCUGUUGCGAUGGAAAUUGAAGGAGAUAAAAAAGCCGAAGUAAUGGAAAAGAAAGGAGUUAAUUUGUACCUAGUUAGCGAUGAACAACGCUUAGAGAACGUUGGGAAGAAGAAGCUAAGAAUAUCCAAUUCCGUAUUACCGGAUCGCAAGAAGACCGUACCAAGCGAAGAGCCGUCGUAUACUACAAAGUAUUCGCAGUUCAUUGAAGGUUUCUCAAGCGAGAGAACUGGUCUAGGCUUUACCAAAGAAGACGAUGGUCAUCAAAGUCCGAAGACCACCGCUAUAAACUACGGGAAUGGUUUAAUGUUUACAAAGGGUGAAACGCUAAAUGAGGAGAAAAAGGACGAAGAUUUGGACGACUUGACUGAUCUGUUAGAAGCGAAACUCAAGUUCUUGAAUCAGUUGCAGCCGUGUGCGAUAACGCCGGUGCAGGAGAUGCUGAUACAGAUGCAGACGCUGGUGUCCGCGUUCCGCGCGGGCGCGGUGUCGGCGGCGUACUGGCGGCGCUGGUGCUGUGCGGCGGCGCGCUCGCUGGCCGCGCACGAGGCGCGCGCCGCGCCGCCCGGCUGGAGCGCCGCCUUCCAGAGGUCGGAGGGCCGCUACUGCUACCGGCGCGAGGCGGACGGCCUGCUGCAGUGGGAGUACCCCGCCACCACGCACACCGACAUGGACAUAUGUACCACGCCGCCGCAUCCCGGGAUCGACGCUAAGGAGGAGCAGCCCCCCCUGCCGCAGUCGGCGCCCCCCGCGUCCCCCCCUCCGCUCCCGCAGAGUCCGCCGCGCACGCCGCCGCCUCCCGCGUGGGCCGACCCGCCGCCGCCCGGUGUUGACGACCCGCUGCCGAUGCCCGCUCACCCAGAACAAAAGCAAGAAAUAGGCGACGAGCUAGCAUCGUUCUACAGUGACAUAGCGGAGCUCGAGAAGCAGACGUCCGGUCCCCACACAGCGUCCAACUCACCCGAACCCGUCGACGUCAAAGAGAGACAUCGGGACAGAGAGAGAGACAAAGAUAGAGAAGUUAAACCUGUCAAAAAGAAGUCGAAAGUAAAAAUAUCAUCAUCAAUGGGAUUAAAACACAAAUCCGUGUCUAGUUUAGUGGCGAAAUGGCAACAAGUCGCUGAAGAGAUUAACUCCGAUUAAUGAACUUUAUUAGAAUAAACUGUGGCAAGGCAAUACUUGUAGAGUCCUUUAAGUUAUAAGACUCAAAAUCAAAAAAACUGUUUAACAUAAAUUAUUAUUACCUCAUUUUCAAUUUUGUCAACUACAAUCUAAAACCGUUUUUGAUGGCUUGCGAAUUCACUGUGGCUUACCACCCAAAUUUAAACUGUAU